GGAACCGAACUAUCUCCUUCGCCUCCGUCCACCUCGGCCUCCGCUACCGCCACCGGCUCAACUCACACUUCACUCACCCACAUCCACAUUCACAAUGUUCUCCCGAGGACUCCGCGUCAUCUCGCGGCGAGCCGCUCUCGCCGCCCCCCUCGCCCGGCCCUCGCUCGUCUCUGCGCGACAGCUCGCUCCCGCUGUCGCCAUCAACGCCUCGCGCGCCUACCACGAGAAGGUGCUGGACCACUACUCGCGGCCUCGCAAUGUCGGGUCCAUGAACAAGAAGGACCUCGAUGUCGGUACCGGCCUCGUCGGCGCCCCGGCCUGCGGCGAUGUCAUGAAGCUGCAGAUCCGUGUCGACCCGGAGACCAACAAAAUCUCCGAGGUCAAGUUCAAGACCUUCGGCUGUGGCUCCGCCAUCGCUUCCAGCAGCUACCUCACCGAGCUUGUCCGCGGCAUGAGCCUCGAUGAUGCCGGCAAGGUCAAGAACACCGAGAUCGCUAAGGAGCUCUGCCUGCCUCCCGUCAAGCUUCACUGCUCAAUGCUGGCUGAGGAUGCCAUCAAGUCCGCCAUCUCAGACUACUACACCAAGAACCCCAAGGCCAAGGCCACCAGCCUGGACGGUACCGGCAUGAAGAUGCCCGCUGUCGAGGCCACUCCCGCUGCCGCUACUGCGUAAAGAGCACUAAACCCGCUCACCCACAUUUUACA